AGUCAGCAGCAGCGGCGGAGUGAGGCCGCGUCUGCCGGGGGUUGGAGCGGGUCAGGUGUAGCCCCGCCCCUCCCGCGGCCCCGCCCCGGCCCAGGUGAGCCGCCUCGCCCCGCCCCGGCCCAGAUUGUGAGAACAGUAAAGGUGACCCAAAGAAGAGCAUUUUUAAAGAUACACAGUCAUUGGGGGUGAUACCAGAUUCACAAUGGAGGUUCCCUCAGCAACGAAGUUUGGUGAGACCUUUGUGUUUGAGGACAGGCAAGAACUUUUCCCAGGGGAGGACCUGGGGCACCCUUUUCUUCAGGAAAGAGGUUUGGAACAAAUGGCUGUUAUCUACAAGGAGGUCCCUCUUGGGGAGCAAGAUGUGGAACAGGAUGAUUACGAGGGGAAUUUCAGUCUGUGCUCAAGCCCUGUUCAGCAUCAGACUAUCCCCUCUGAAACCAGACCCCAGGAUGAGGAGGUAUUUGGUGAAACCUUUCUCCAGAAAUCUGAUCUCAGUGUAUGUCAGAUAAUCCAUGGUAGAGAAGAGUCCAGUCCACCUGAUUGUAAGGAAGCAGGCAGGGGGUACUUGGGGUCUAAGGUAUCUCACAAUAUCCCACAGCCAGCCAAACCCUAUGCAUGUCAUGAGUGUGGGAAGGCCUUCAGCCAAAGCUCCCACCUUCUCCGACACCUGGUCAUCCACACUGGGGAGAAGCCCUAUGAGUGCUGUGAGUGUGGGAAGGCCUUCAGCCAGAGCUCCCACCUUCUCCGACAUCAGUUCAUCCAUACUGGGGAGAAGCCCUAUGAGUGCCAGGAGUGCGGGAAGGCCUUCUGCCAGAGCUCAGCCCUCACACAACACCAGAAAAUCCACACAGGAAAGAGGCCUUAUGAGUGCAGGGAAUGUGGGAAGGAUUUCAGCAGAAGCUCCAGUCUCCGAAAACAUGAGAGAAUUCAUACAGGAGAGAGACCUUAUCAGUGUAAGGAAUGUGGGAAAUCCUUCAAUCAGAGUUCAGGCCUAAGCCAGCAUCGGAAAAUCCACACUCUGAAGAAACCCCACGAAUGUGAUCUUUGUGGAAAAGCCUUUUGUCAUAGGUCCCACCUUAUCCGGCAUCAGCGGAUUCACACAGGGAAGAAACCUUACAAAUGCGAAGAGUGUGGGAAGGCCUUCAGCCAGAGCUCCAACCUCAUUGAACAUCGGAAGACCCACACUGGUGAGAAACCUUACAAGUGUCAUAAGUGUGGGAAGGCCUUCAGCCAGAGCUCGUCGCUCAUUGAGCAUCAGCGGAUCCACACUGGGGAGAAACCCUAUGAGUGCUGUCAGUGUGGCAAGGCCUUCUGCCACAGCUCUGCACUGAUUCAGCACCAGAGAAUACACACUGGCAAGAAACCCUACUCCUGCGAAUGUGGAAAGGCCUUCCGGCACAGGUCAGCUCUCAUUGAGCAUUAUAAAACCCACACCAGAGAGAAGCCCUAUGUGUGUAACAUGUGUGGCAAGUCCUUUAGGGGGAGCUCACACCUGAUCCGGCAUCAGAAAAUCCAUGCUGGGGAGAAGCUGUAGAUGGGGCCUUUUUCCAGAUGUUGGAAGCCUUUGCCAGAUGGAGCCCAUACAUACAUUUCUUUGUCUCUUAGACUCCACCUACCUCCCUGAUAACAAUGCUGGAUGGAAAUUCUCCCACAAGGCCCUCCUGACCAUUCCCCCUAGCAGGAAGGUUCCACAUGACACCUGGCCAAGCACACCAUGCUCUCAACAGGCUUCCUGGGUGAAGGGAGGAUGGGAUAAUAGGGAAGUGAGCCCCCAAAGAGAACAGGUUUUCAGUUUCUCAUUCUCAUUUUGACUCUCAAGCCUAUGAAAUUUUGUUUUGCCCUCUCUUCAUUUUUUUCCAAGUCUAGAAGAAGAAGAAAUUUCAAGAGGCAGAAAAUUUAGUUAAGCCCAGGAAAAUGUCAAAUGAACUUUAAAUCAGUCUGCCUCAGUCUGACACUUUCAGAAGUUAGAAAUCAUGCUUACAGUCCAAGUCAGCUGAAGAAAAUGAAUUCAGUAGAUAGAGCAGAGGCAAAAUAGAGUUGUUUGCCGGGGUUGGGCAUUAGGGAGAACCAAAACAGGUUAAUAGGACAAAGGAGGGUGAGAGGGAUUGGGAGUGACAGCAGUGAGCCCUUAGUGUGGUCUUAUAACUUAUCAUUAGGGAAGAUUCUGUCAGGUGGCUCUGUCAUAAGAGGGUGGAAAUUUGGUCCUCUUGUGGGCAAAGUAUAUUUAACAUCUGGCUGUGACUUAGCUGGGGAUGUUGGAAGCAGGUGAUGAGAGGAAGAGGCUGGGUUCAAGUCCCAGGACUACUCCAUCCUAUUUGUAUGACAUUGAGCAAGUCCCAUAACUUGCCCCAGGGUCUGUUUCCCCUUCCAAGGGAUUGGGGUGAUGGAACCUGGACACUUACCUCUAAGAGUAGGAACCAGGCUACACUUGAAAGUGUUUUGGCAGUUGAGAAUGGAGAACCUUAGUGACCCCUGCCUACCCAGAAGCACAUUCCCUGCAGACCAGAGAAGUGUCCCACAUACUGAUGCUUUCUCCUAGACACCAACUUGAGCCUUCUGCUGCAGCAGUGUCAUCCAUGCUCCUGUAUUCUCUGUCCUAAUGGAAUUCACUUGGGGGCUAUUUAAAAAGUCCCCUUACCCAUGUCCCACUAGACCAAUUUAAUCGGCAUCCCCAUAGUUGGGUCCCUGACAAUGGUUUUUUUCAAAACUCCCCAGGUAAUUAGAAGUUAUAGUGUGUGGCCAAGAUGGGAGCCCUGUGCUGAGCUUUCAUGCAGCCCCAACAGCAUCUAAUGUCAGCCUGCUUGCUCUGGCCAAGCAAGCCUGUUUGCCAUUCUGUCUCAGUUUCCUACCCCCAGUCCCCUGGGUAUGAGCUCAGGCAGUGAUGAUUGGCCAAUAAAUAAGCCCUUGUCCCUGGCCAGGGAAUACCCCCUUGAUUUUCGUGGUGCUGGGGAUUGAACCUUGGCCUUGAACAUGCUAGGUGAGUGCUCUACCACUGAGCUACAUCCCCAGCAUCAUGGGUAUAUUAGUGCUGGCUAUCCCUCUUUCCAGGCUCCCAGCUUCUCAGAGGUAGUGGAGAAAGAGGCAAUCUGAGCUCUUUUGAAGUUUUCCAAAAGUUUACUUACCACUGGAAUCAGAUGAAUUUAUCAUGGUGAUGCUGGUUAUCUCAGUUUUUCAGAAGCUCAGUGUGGCAUUUAUAUAUAGUUUUGAUGAAUAAAUACGGAAAGCCGUAUUUGUUCUUUAAUAAGUGAGGCUUGGUAGGCCAGAGGUUUGGAACCAUGGGUGUGAUAUACUGGAGAAAUCCCGCUAAGAGUUCUGACUGCCCAGUGUCCCCAAGAAUCCUGUGCAUAACCAGCUGGACUCUGGAGGUCCAGGGCCUGACAGAUGGUCCCAGAUGCUGUUUACAGGCAGCUUUCACUCAAGGUCUUGUCAUUUAUCAGAAGUGAAGAGAGAAUGCUAAGAAACAGUUGGGGCAGCAGGUGGCAUUAGGCAGAGUCCCCUGAAAGAUCUACCUCUUUUUUACUACCCAUCCCCAUUCCACCUCAGCCCUGGUCAUCCUGUCCUUAUCCAGGAAGUGUCCAUCAGGGUCUCUCUCUGCUUUUCCUGCGUGUUCCAGCCAAAUUGAUUUCUAAGCACCACUUUGCACAUGUCACCAUUCUCCUUAAAGCUAUCUUUCAGGAGCUUUUCUGCACAUAGAUCCUUAUUUCAGCCAAACUGAUUUACCUCCUCUGAAAAAGCCACACAGAAUUCAGGCUGUUUGUUGCCCUCUCUUUUCAUGCCUGGAUUCUCAUAAUUCACUUUAUGCAGUUCUCACCUUUUGGAGUAUGCACUUUCUAUCUCCUCUUCCUCCCUCCCUCCCCCUUUCCUUUCCUUCUUUUUAUAUAACAUAGGAAUUAACCCAUCCCCCAAGGGUUAACAGAUUCUUCUGUAAACAUGGUUAGACCAGGCACUUUUCUAUUUUUUGGAUGUAUGUAUAAGCAGAGCCUUGUUUUGUUUUUUAAAUUUUUCACUGUUCUAUUAUGUAUUUUUUAGAACUAUCUUUUUAUUUAGAUUCCCAAACAAUGUAAAGUUAUAAUAAGAUAUGGUCCCUGAUAAUAUUUUAACUAUUUUUUAAUUGAGUUGUCUUUUUUUGCUUUACAUUUUUUCUCUUCUUCCUACAGUGAUUUAUAUAGAUGUUGUUGAGUGUUAUAAAACUCCAGUUUUUGAUUUUGUUUGCUAAUUUGUUUUGUUAAAACAUGUUUUCUCUCUUUCUCUCUCAGCUUAAUACUUUCCAAUUCUAAGAUUAAUCAUUUAGAUAUGAUUAAUCAUAUAUAUAUAUAUAUAUAUAUAUAUAUAUAUAUAUUUGGUACCAGGGAUUGAACUCAGGGGUGCUUAACCACUGAGCCACAUCCCCAGCCCUAGUUUGUAUUUUAUUUAGAGACAGGGUCUCACUGAGUUGCUUAGCACCUCAUAGUUGCUGAGGCUGGCUUUGAACUCUCCAUUCUCCUGUCUCAGCCUCCCAAGAUGCUGGGAUUACAGCCACUGUGACUGGCUGAUUAAUCAUAUUUUUAUUAUCACUAAUAAAUGUAGGCACUUUGGUCUAUGGUUUUCUCAUUAUAGUCAUAGCUUUGUUUGCUCUCUAUGUACGUUUUGAUGUUUUGUUUUGUUUUGUUUUUUUGGGGGGGUUGUUAUUUCAGCAUUGGAAAUUUCCUUUUGGCCCAGAUGUUUUCUAAAAAAUAUUCCCAAUUGUUUAAUGCGUAGGUCUUUGCUGCUUAUUUCUUGUACUGUAUUAUCAACAUUUCUAAAUGUCCAUUGAACUUCUUUGGGCCAGGGUAUAUUAUCAACUUUUAUAAAGCAUUUGUGUUCUCUCAAAAACUGUUUUUAUUUCAUCAGUUCUAUUUGUCAACUCAAUUUUUGGAUUAUUUAAUUCAAAUCCAUACUCUGUAUAAAUUUCAUUUAUUUUGGAGAUUUUAAUCUGGGGUCUAAGGAACUACCUGGGACUAAGCAUGAAGGGGAUUUAGGAGCCCCUAAGAAUUGAACAAGUUGUGUGUGUUUGUGGAUUAAUGGAUUGUUUUGGGAGGGGGCUUGUAGCAUCCAUCAUCUUUUGAAAGUACUCUGUGACCCCCCAAACAGUUAUGAACACUCAUUUACCUGGUCUAGUCCUAGUCUGAUUUUUUUUCUUAGUUGUAGAUGGACACACUACUUUUAUUUUAUUUAUUUUUUUGAGGUGCUGAGGAUCAAAUCCAGUGCCUCACAUAUGCCCUUCAUAGUCUGAUUUUGUAUGCUUUUUCCUUUUGUUUUUUUGUGUGAUUUAUAUUUCACUUUUAUGUUUUAGUUGUUUUAAAUUGUUUUGUUGUUGUUGUUGUUAAUAUUAUUAUUAUUAUUAUUUUGAGACAGGGUCUCACUGUAUUGCCCAGGUUGACCUUAAACUCCUGGGCUCAAGUGGUCUUCCUGCCUCAGUGUCCUGAGUAGCUGGGACUAUAGGUGCACAUUAUCAUGUCUGGCUUCUAUUUCACUUUCAAUAUUUAUUUCUCUUUUUAUGUAUGUUGGUGUAGUUUUCUCAAAUCUUCUUUUGAGAAAUAGGCAUUUUUAAUAAUUACAUAUUAAAAACUGUGCCUUUUAGUGCCCUGUUUACCUCUUUUAAUGCUUCUAGCUUCAACUUUUCCAAAAUUGUGAUUGAAGCCUCUUGCUUUUCUUGAAUUUGCAUUUGCAUGAUUGAGUUUAGUGUUUUACUUUUUUAACUUGUGUAUAUAUUUUGCUGUGUGCCUGUAACUUAUAAACGGCAAAUUGUUGAA